AGCGAUGAUGAUAUGAAUUUCAAGCGGAGAUUAAAGUCUCCAGGCUCAUCUUCACUGCAGAAGAAGUUCACAUCUACAAAGGGGCAGGUUUUCUUUCCUGGGGUUCAGAAUAUUCCUUCCUCCACCUGGCACAGCAGUGCUGGUCAGUUGGGGAGAAAAAAAGAAAGAAUCCACUGAACCUGGACUAAGCACUGCUCUGAGCUCAGCAGGCACCCAGCACAGACACGGAGAAGAUGGGGCGAGGUGUGAGACUCCCUCUCCUCUUGCUGCUGGGGCUGCCUGGGCUACUGUGUCCACUGUGGGCUUCGCCUAAGAGGCUCACCAGGGCCCAGUGGUUCGAGAUCCAGCACAUACAGCCGAGUCCUCUCCAGUGCAGCUCAGCAAUGAGUCGUGUCAACAGUUACACCCAGCACUGUAAGCCUCUAAACACCUUUCUGCACGAUUCUUUCCAAAACGUGAGCGAUUCCUGCAUCUUGCCCAACAUCAUCUGCAAGAAUGGUCAGAACAACUGCCACCAGAGUGCAAGUCCUGUCAAGCUGACCAACUGCAAUCUCACGGGAGGGAAGUACCCUAACUGUCGUUACAAGGACGCUGCCCAGUUCAAAUUCUUCGUGGUGGCCUGUGAGCCACCUCAGAAGAGUGAUCCUCCGUAUCCGUUGGUUCCUGUACACUUAGAUAAGAUUGUCUGAGGGCUCAUUACCUUUCCUUCCUUUUGACAUCUCGAAAGGCGAAACAAGAAUAUAAGUACUUAUGAUGAGCGA